AUGGGGCUUGCCUCAGGUCCCAGCCUGCUGCUGCUCCUGCUGACCAGCCUCCCCCUGGCUCUGGGGGACCCCAUGUUCUCCAUGAUCACCCCCAACGUCUUGCGGCUGGAGAGUGAGGAAACGGUGGUGUUGGAGGCCCACGACGUGCAAGAAAACGUUCCCGUCACGGUCACCGUCCACGACUUUCCAGCCAAAAAACAAGUGAUGGCCAACGAGAAAACUGUGCUGACCAGCGCCAAUGGCUACCUGGGUACCGUCAACAUCAAGAUCCCGGCCAGCAAGGAGUUACGCUCAGAGAAGGGGCACAAGUUCGUGAAUGUCCAGGCAGAAUUCGGGAAAACCGUGGUGGAGAAGGUGGUGCUGGUCAGUCUUCAGAGCGGUUACCUCUUCAUCCAGACUGACAAGACCAUCUACACCCCAGGCUCCACGGUUCUCUAUCGGAUCUUCACUGUUGACCACAAGCUGCUGCCCGUGGGCCGGACGGUUAUCAUCAACAUUGAGACCCCUGAUGGUGUUCCCGUCAAGAGGGACACCCUAUCUUCUCAAAACCAGUUUGGCAUCUUGCCCUUGUCUUGGAACAUCCCGGAGCUGGUCAACAUGGGGCAGUGGAAGAUCCGAGCCCACUAUGAAGAUUCGCCACAGCAGGUCUUCUCUGCUGAGUUUGAGGUGAAGGAAUAUGUGCUGCCCAGUUUUGAGGUCCAAGUGGAACCUGAAGAGAAAUUCUACUACAUCGAUAACCCAAAGGGCCUGGAUGUCACCAUCACAGCCAGGUUCUUGUAUGGGAAGAAUGUGGAUGGAACAGCCUUUGUCAUCUUUGGGGUCCAGGAUGGUGACCAGAGGAUUUCGCUGGCCCAGUCUCUCACCCGUGUUGUGAUUGAAGAUGGCACUGGGGAGGCCACGCUGAAGCGAGAGGUCCUGCUGGGUGGGGUGCAGCCCUCCCGAGAGGAUGCCCUGGUGGGAAAGUCAUUGUACGUGUCUGUCACUGUCAUCCUGCAGUCAGGCAGCGACAUGGUGGAGGCAGAGCGCAGUGGGAUCCCCAUCGUGACCUCCCCCUACCAGAUUCACUUCACCAAGACACCCAAGUUCUUCAAACCCGCCAUGCCCUUCAACCUCAUGGUAUUUGUCACAAACCCUGAUGGCUCCCCGGCCCGCCGCAUUCCCGUGGUGACCCAGGGCUCUGGGGACGUGCAGUCCCAAACUCAGGAUGACGGCUUGGCCAAGCUAACCAUCAACACACCCAACAGCCGGCAGCCCCUGACCAUCACCGUCAGCACAAAGAAGAACGGCAUCCCAGAUGCACGACAGGCCACAAAUACCAUGCAGGCCCUGCCCUAUAAUACCAUGGGCAACUCCAACAACUACCUGCACCUCUCUGUGCCCCGCGAGGAGCUGAAGCCAGGGGACACGUUCAAUGUCAACUUCCACCUGCGUAUGGACCCUGGCCAGGAUGCCAAGAUCCGCUACUACACCUACCUGGUCAUGAACAAGGGGAAGCUGUUGAAGGUGGGACGCCAGACGCGAGAGGCCGGCCAGGACCUGGUGGUGCUGCCACUGCCCAUCACCACCGACUUUAUUCCUUCCUUCCGCCUCGUGGCCUAUUACACGCUGAUUGGCACCAACGGCAAGAGGGAGGUGGUAGCCGAUUCCGUGUGGGUGGACGUCAAGGACUCAUGUGUGGGCACGCUGGUGGUGAAAGGUGGCGGGAAGGAGGAAAAGCAGCAUCUACCUGGACAACAGAUGUCCAUCAAGAUCGAGGGCAACCGGGGGGCCCGAGUGGGGCUGGUGGCCGUGGACAAGGGCGUGUUUGUGCUGAAUAAGAAGAACAAGUUGACUCAGAAAAAGAUCUGGGACAUAGUGGAGAAUGAAGACAUUGGCUGCACGCCGGGCAGUGGAAAGGACUAUGCAGGAGUCUUCCAGGAUGCAGGGUUGAGUCUCAAGACCAGCACAGGCCAGCAGACCGAGCAGAGGGCAGAUGACAAGUGCCCGAAACCAGCCACCCGCCGCCGCCGCUCGGUGCAGCUCAUGGAGAAGAGGAUGGACAAAGCGGGUGAGUACAAGAGCAAGGAGCUGCGCAAGUGCUGCGAGGAUGGCAUGCGGGAGAACCCCAUGAAGUUCUCAUGCCAGCGCAGGGCACAGUACAUCCUCCAAGACCGGGCCUGCGUGAAAGCCUUCCUGGACUGUUGCAACUAUAUCACCCAGCUGCGGCUCCAGCACAGCCGGGACAAACAACUGGGGCUGGCCAGGAGUGAACUGGAUGAGGAGAUCAUUCCAGAAGAAGAAAUUAUUUCCCGAAGCCAGUUCCCUGAGAGCUGGCUAUGGACCAUCGAAGAGUUAAAUGAACCAGAGAAAAAUGGAGUCUCUACGAAGAUCAUGAAGGUGUUUUUGAAAGAUUCCAUCACCACCUGGGAGAUACAGGCUGUGAGUUUGUCUGACAAGAAAGGAAUCUGUGUGGCUGACCCCUAUGAAGUCACGGUGGCGCAAGAUUUCUUCAUCGACCUGCGGCUGCCCUACUCUGUGGUGCGCAACGAGCAGGUGGAGAUCCGGGCUGUCCUCUACAACUACCGGGAGACGGAUGAGCUCAGGGUGAGGGUAGAACUGCUUCACAAUCCAGCCUUCUGCAGCCUGGCCACUGCCAAGAAACGUUACCAGCAGACUCUGCGCAUCCCUCCCAAGUCCUCCGUGGCUGUGCCUUAUGUCAUUGUGCCCCUGAAGAUUGGUCUGCAGGAGGUGGAGGUCAAGGCCGCCGUCUAUGACUUCUUCAUCUCUGACGGUGUCAAGAAGACCCUGAAGGUCGUGCCAGAAGGAAUCAGAAUAAACAAAACUGUGGCUGUUCGCACACUGGAUCCACAACACCUGAGCCAAAACGGUGAGCAGCGAGAGGAGAUCCACGCUGCAGACCUCAGUGACCAAGUCCCAGACACCGAGUCGGAGACCAGGAUCCUCCUGCAGGGGACCCCAGUGGCCCAGAUGGCGGAGGACGCCAUUGAUGGAGAGCGACUGCAGCACCUCAUUGUGACCCCGUCGGGCUGCGGGGAGCAGACCAUGAUUGGCAUGACGCCCACCGUCAUUGCGAUACACUACCUGGACCAAACAGAGCAGUGGGACAAGAUCGGCCUGGACAAGCGGCAGGAGGCCUUGGAACUCGUCAAAAAGGGGUACACCCAGGAGCUGUCCUUCAGACAAGCGAACAAGGCCUUUGCGGCCUUCAAGGACCGGCCAUCAAGCACCUGGCUGACCGCCUAUGUGGUCAAGGUCUUCUCUCUGGCUGCCAACCUCAUUGCCAUCGACUCCGAAGUCCUCUGUGGGGCUGUCAAGUGGCUAAUUCUGGAGAAACAGAAGCCCGAUGGAGUCUUCCAGGAGGACGGACCUGUGAUACACCAAGAAAUGACUGGUGGCUUCAGGAAUCCUGAGGAGAAAGAUGUGUCCCUCACGGCCUUCGUUCUCAUUGCGCUGCAGGAAGCUAAAGAUAUUUGCGAGGGACAGGUCAAUAGCCUGGAGGGCAGUAUCAAUAAGGCAGGAGACUUCCUUGAAUCCCAGUACGAGAACUUGCGGAGACCAUAUACUGUAGCCAUUGCUGGCUAUGCCCUGGCCCAGUUGGACAAGCUGGAGGGCUCCCGGCUCAACAAAUUUCUGAACGCAGCCACAGAGAAGAACCGCUGGGAGGAGCCUGGCCAGAAGCUCUACAAUGUGGAAGCCACAUCCUAUGCCCUGUUGGCCCUGCUGCGGCUCAGAGACUUUGACACUGUGCCUCUCGUUGUGCGCUGGCUCAACGAGCAGAGAUACUAUGGAGGUGGCUACGGGUCCACCCAGGCCACUAUCAUGGUGUUCCAAGCCUUGGCCCAAUACCAGCGGGACGUCCCUGACCAUGAGGAGCUGAAUCUGGAUGUGUCCAUCAACCUGCCCAGCCGCAGCUCUCCGGUGGUACACCGUAUCCUCUGGGAAUCUGCCAGUCUCCUGCGCUCAGAAGGGACCAAGGAAAAUGAGAAUUUCACAGUAACAGCUAAAGGGAAAGGACAAGGCACCUUGUCGGUGGUGACAAUGUACCAUGCCAAGAUCAAAGGCAAAGCCACCUGCAAGAAGUUCGACCUCAGGGUUAACAUAAGACCAGCCACUGAACCAGUCAAGAAGCCCCAAGAUGCCAAGAGCACCAUGCACCUUGAGAUCUGUACCAGGUACUUGGGAGACAGUGAUGCCACUAUGUCCAUCCUGGAUAUAUCCAUGAUGACUGGCUUUGCUCCUGACGUUGGUGACCUCAAUACGCUGAGCACUGGCACUGACAGAUACAUCUCCAAGUAUGAGCUGAACCAGGCUUUCACCAACAAGAACACGCUCAUCAUCUACCUGGACAAGAUCUCGCAUUCCCAGGAGGACUGUCUAGCAUUCAAAGUUCACCAGUUCUUUAAUGUGGGGCUUAUCCAGCCUGGCGCAGUCAAGGUGUACUCCUAUUACAACCUGGAUGAGAGUUGCACCCAGUUCUACCACCCAGAGAAGGAGGACGGAAUGCUGAGCAAACUCUGCCACAAUGAAAUGUGCCGCUGUGCUGAGGAGAACUGCUUCAUGCACCAGGACAAUGACAAGAUCAGCUCGGAGGACAGGCUGGACAAGGCCUGUGAGCCGGGAGUGGACUAUGUGUACAAGACCGUGCUACACAGGAAGGAGCUGUCGGAUGACUUUGAUGAGUAUGUAAUGGUCAUCAAGCAGAUCAUCAAAUCAGGCUCUGAUGAGGUGCAGGUCGGACAGGAGCGCAGGUUCAUCAGUCACAUCAAGUGCAGAGCCGCCCUGAAGCUGCAGGAAGGGAAACACUACCUCAUAUGGGGCCUUUCCUCGGACCUGUGGGGAGAAAAACCUAACAUCAGCUACAUCAUCGGGAAGGACACCUGGGUGGAGCUGUGGCCAGAGGCCGAGGAAUGCCAAGACGAGGAGAACCAGAAACUGUGCCAGGAACUGGCCAACUUCACGGAGAACAUGAUCGUCUUUGGCUGUCCCAACUGAUUCCCCCAUCACCGUCCCCCCAAUAAAGCUGCAGUUGUGUUUCA